UGUCAGAAUGCCAACCUUCUUGACGCCUGGGCGUCAUGGCUAUAGUGUGCGGUUCUCUCGUACACGCCCUGAUGCAUUGGCUGUGGCCACCAGCCAGUAUUAUGGAUUGGCGGGUGGUGGAACCUUAUUCUUCUUGGAACUAGCUCCAGAAGGCACAACAAUAGUAGAAUUGCAAAAAUUGGACUGGAGCGAUGGGCUAUUUGAUGUGACGUGGUCAGGAACGGCUGAUGGGGUAGCGGCAUGUGGGGCAGGUGAUGGUGCAGUAAUAGUAUGGAGAGGGGGCUGUGCUGCCCCUUUGAGGGUGUUAAGGGCACAUCAUAGUGAAGUAUGCUCUGUCGAUUGGCCAAGAGCACAUUUAUUAAGUGCUAGUUGGGAUACAACAGUUAAAUUGUGGGACCCCGAGUCAGAAGUGUGUCUCAGUACAUUUUCGGGUCACUCUCAACUGGUAUACACUGCAACAUUUUCUCCACAUUCCCCGGCUACGUUUGCUUCAGUUUCCGGAGACGGACAUCUUAAACUAUGGACUUGUACUGAAUCUAGUCGACCGGCUGCUGUUAUUAAGGCUCAUGAUGCUGAGGUGUUGUCGUGCGAUUGGAGUAGGUUAGAAACGCAUGCGCUAGCGACCGCCGGAUCUGACGGUCUUGUUAGAGGCUGGGACUUAAGACGGCUUACUUCACCAAUGUUUACGCUUAAAGGAUGUGAAUGUGCUGUCCGAAGAGUGCAAUUCUCGCCACACGCUCCUUCUGUUUUAGCCGCUGUAUCAUAUGAUUUUACUACUAGAAUAUGGGAUCUAAAACGAGGCUGUGAUCCGUUAGAAACUAUUCGACACCACUCGGAGUUCACUUACGGUCUAGACUGGAACACUUUGAGGCCUCAUCAGAUUGCGGACUGCGGUUGGGAUUCCUUAGUACACGUGUUUACUCCGAGGUCCCUUGUUUGAAACUUCGGCUCUGUAUCAUCAGGUUAAGCAGUUCAAUAAAUGGUCAAGUUAAAGAAGUGUUUCGUUGUAAUGAUGAUUAAUGAUGGAGCAAAUGUAAUAUAUUUAACUAAAUGGUAUUUAGUUGUAUUAGAUUCAUACUAUUUCGUGUAAUGGGUGCGCUGGUUGAAGUUACGGGUUAAAAUUUAAAUCAGAACAU